AUGGUUGGAAUGACGCAUACGCUGGAACUGUCGCCGAAUGCGCACAUCAACAAGUCGCUGCUCGACAAGUACAUGUCCUUGCCGAUGCCGGACGGUAAGAUACAGGCGACGUACAUCUGGAUCGAUGGUACGGACGAGAACGUCCGCUGCAAGGACCGCACGCUCGAGUUCAUUCCCCAGUCACCGAGUGAGCUGCCAAUCUGGAAUUAUGAUGGUAGCUCCACCUACCAGGCGGAAGGUUCCAAUUCGGACGUCUAUCUGCACCCGGUGGCCAUCUACCGUGACCCGUUCCGACGCGGCAACAACAUUCUGGUGCUGUGCGAAACGUACUACUACGACGGCACACCGACCGAAUCGAACAAGCGCAAAUCGUGCCUGGAGGUGUGCCAGAAGACGGCCGACGAAAAGCCGUGGUUCGGUAUCGAGCAGGAGUACACGCUGCUGGACGUUGACGGCCGUCCGCUCGGUUGGCCGAAGAACGGUUUCCCGGGACCGCAGGGACCGUACUACUGUGGAGUCGGUGCGGACAAGGUGUACGCGCGUGACAUCGUCGACGCACACUACCGGGCCUGUCUGUACGCGGGCGUAAAGAUUUGUGGCACCAACGCGGAAGUCAUGCCGGCCCAGUGGGAAUAUCAGGUUGGACCGUGCGAAGGCAUCCAGAUUGGGGAUGAUCUGUGGAUGUCCCGGUUUCUGCUGCACCGCGUGUCGGAAGAGUUUGGAAUCGUUGCCACGCUGGACCCGAAACCGAUGCAGGGCGAUUGGAACGGAGCGGGAGCACACACGAACGUAUCCACGAAGACGAUGCGCGAACCGGGCGGUUUGGCUGAGAUCGAGAGCGCGAUCGCCAAGCUGUCGAAGCACCACGAACGGCACAUCCGUGCCUACGAUCCGCACGGUGGAAAGGACAACGAACGCCGUCUGACGGGAAAGCACGAAACUAGCUCGAUCCACGAUUUUAAUGCCGGUGUCGCAAAUCGUGGCUGCUCGAUUCGUAUUCCGCGUGGUGUUUCCGACCAAGGGUUCGGUUACUUCGAGGAUCGUCGCCCCAGCUCCAACUGCGAUCCGUACAGUGUCUCCGAGGCCAUUCUGCGCACAAUAUGCCUGAACGAGUAA